UUUAUACCGAAAGGGAAAUAAUGUAAACUUGAGCAACAAUAUACAAAAACGCUGUCGUUCACGUCAUCCCAAACUUCAAAGCGGGAACGAAGCAAAAUUCAAAUGCCUUUCGUCAUUCAUACCACACCCAAUCUCGUGAACAUCCAUUCAGCCAAAUUUCCGCCAUGGACGAAAUUGCAGCUCGAAUAAUCUCCAACCUCGAGACCCAGUCGCCAAUUUCAGAGUCGUUUCUGAAAGAUCUAGGUACCCUGUUGGAUUACACUCUGAAAACCAACGACCCAAUUGACCUUGAGAAUCUGUACAGUGAACUGUCUGCAAGAAAUCUUUCCCUCAGUUCCCUCGCUAAUGAAGUUUCCUCCGCCAUGGAUACUGGGCUCAGCUCCAGUAUUUCCAUUUUGUCAUCAAAAGUCUAUCUUUCUCUCCUUUUAUCUCCCAAUUCACCAGUUUUCACGUUGUUUACUCCAAUGGCUUUUCUCAGCCUCCUUCGUGCCAUACGCUUGGCUAUCAAGAAACCUUCUUUGGUUUCAAGUGAAGGGUCAGUUAUUCGAAGCCUGGGGCAAAAGAAGAAGGGAAAGAGGAAUAAUUUGGGGAAUAAGAAAGGCUCAGGAAAUAGGAAAAUUGCAGAGCGUUCCGCUGAAGAAGGAGAUUUUGAUGUUAGGGAUUUAUUCACAUUGCUCGAAAAGUUGGUAAAGGUGAUGGAUUUGGUCCACUUGGACCGUUUUCCAGAUUGUCUGAAGGCUUUGGUUCAGACCGCGUGUGAGAUCCCAAUGACGGCUGUAGAGAAUUGGGGAAAUUUGGGGAGUUUUAAGAGGUUAUGUGAAUUGUCUUCGGAGGUCUUAAGUGAAGCUUUGAAAGCCGAGCACGGGAUUCAAGGAGAAACUGCUGCCGAAGUACUGAAGGCGUUAGCCCCGUUAAUCUUAUCCUCUAAAACACAAGUAAGGAGUUUUGCUUUGUGUUUUGUGGUCAUUAAAAUGAUAAAGAUGGGUGAAAACUCAGAUGGCAUAAAAAAGGCAGUUGCGAACAUGCCAAAAUAUUUGGUAACAAAAUCUCCAGAAAGGGCUGAGCCAAGGGCUUUAGCAGUCGAGUCAAUUAUUGAAAUUGUUAAGGCUUUGGAUUCCGAGCAUCAGGUAAAAUUUGCUGAUUAUCUGGUGAAGAUGAGCCAAGGGAAGGGGCAGUUAAGGCUUUUAUCAGUGGAUUUAAUACCCGUUUUAAUUAUGUCGGUGAAAGGUCCUUUCGGGUUUGACUCAGCUGAGGGUGAAGGGGACUCAUGGGGUCUGAGGCUAUUGGAAACACUUAUUCAGCGUUGUUCUGAUUUGACGGCUGCUAUUAGAGCAAGAGCCUUAGCAACUUUAGCUCAAGUGGUUGUGUCCUUGUUGGGAGAUGAUAAAAAUCGAGUAUUGUUGAAAGAGGUGAUGGGAUUUGGGCAUGAAAGGGUUGGUGGGGUUAACAGGAUUCUUAAGCUAAGAUGUAUGGAUGAGAAAGCGGCCGUUCGAAAGGCGGCUCUCGUACUCAUAUCAAAAUUGAUCGCACUCUUAGGGGGCGAAGUUGAUGAGGAGCUGCUAAAGACAGUGGGCAUGGCUUGCUCGGAUCCACUUGUUAGCAUUAGGAAAGUGGCAAUAUUAGCCAUGUCAGAGGCCUUUAGGACAUACUCGAACCGCUUUGUGACCAAGGAGUGGGUGCAUUCUAUCCCACGUUUAAUCAGUGAUAACGAAACCAGCAUCCAAGAAGAAUGUGAGAACCUUUUCCUUGAACUAGUUCUCGAUCGCAUAUCAAGAGCUGGAUCAAACUUUUCAGCUGAACAUGAUACUGUUGCCCGUGAAACAAAAGGGGAAAAACAUAGCUCGAGUGUGGACGAUUCUGAAUCCUUAUAUCCAGAAGGAGUCUUAAUUUUGUUGAAAGAGGUCUGUGAUGCUGAGGUGUCACCUUGGGUGAGAAAAAUCUGCUUGAGCCUGGGGAAAAAGAAAAAACUCCACAAGAAAAUUGCUACUGCACUUCAAAACAUCAUUAAGAAAUCCGAAUCUCAAUGGCUGAGCCGUUCCAUGCCGAUCCAGAAGUGGACAGCGCCACCUGGCGCCUGGUUUCUCUUGUCAGAAGUAUCUUCGUUUCUUUCCAAAUCAAUCGAAUGGGAAUUCUUGAAGCAUCAUUGGCAGCUUGUUGACAAGUUUAAGCCAGUUAGCGAGGUUCAAAGCCCUUGUGCACAGGGAUAUGAAGAUGAUGUUGAAAUGGUGGAUGUUGAGUCUAGUUCUGUUGAUUGGGUGAAGGAUCGUGUUUACCUCUUACAGACGAUUUCAAAUGUUUCUAUGGAAUUACCCCCGGAACCUGCUGCAGAUCUUGCACAAAAUUUUCUCAAACGGCUUGAGAGGUUUAAUAUGCAUUCGACUGAGUUGUGGCUCUUGACAAAGGUUAAUGCCCAUGUAAAAGCACUCAGAACCCUUUGCAAAAGGAAGGCCUUAAACCAAGCAGAGGCCGACUACAUUGUAACAAGAUGGGUGGACCAGCUUCAAUCUAAAGCCUCCAAAGUUCUAGAUUCGUACAUGUCCAAAAUAUCAGAUUCCAAUAAAGAGAAUGCUUUUCUCACCCCACAUAACACGGGGAGUCGUAAAGCACCAAGAAAAGCUGAUUCGAAGUUAUUAGCUAAAGCAGUUAUUGCUAUUUACACUAUUGGAUCGUUGGUUAUUGUCUGCCCUUCAUCCAAUUUAAAGACUAUUGUUCCAGCCAUACACACCAUAAUCACUUCAAGAAGUUCAGAUGCGAAAUCUAGCAACUUAACUGGGCUAGUAGUUGAUAUAAUGCAGAUUGCCCCUUCAUUGUAUAUACAAGCAUGGCUCACAAUGGGAAAGAUUUGCUUAGCUGAUGGGAAACUUGCUAAACGUUAUCUUCCUCUGUUUGUGCAGGAGCUUGAAAAGAGUGAUUGUGCUGCACUUCGCAAUAACAUAGUUGUCAUGAUGGCAGAUUUCUGUGUGCGGUACACUGCAAUGGUUGAUUGUUACAUGUCAAAGAUCACUAAGUGUCUGCGUGACCCAUGCGAACUAGUAAGAAGGCAGACAUUUAUUCUACUCUCCCGCCUGCUGCAGAGGGAUUACGUGAAGUGGCGAGGUGUGCUUUUCCUCAGAUUUCUACUAUGUUUGGUCGACGAGUCAGAGAAAAUACGGCAGCUAGCAGAUUUCCUCUUUGGGAACAUCUUGAAAGCAAAGGCUCCACUUUUAGCUUACAACAGCUUUGUCGAAUCUAUAUUUGUCCUGAACGACUGUAAUGCGCACACUGGACGCAGCAAUUCCAACAGCGCGCGCAAUGAGAACCAUCUCUUCUCAAUUAGAGGAAAUGACGAGAAGUCGAGGUUGCAAAGGAUGCACAUUUACACGACGCUGCUUAAACAAAUGGCGACGGAGCAUCUUUUGGCCACUUUCGCCAAAGUGUGCGCCGAAAUUCUUGCUGCUGCUUCUGACGGUAUGCUCUCCAUUGACGAUAUUACAGGCCAGGCUGUUGUUCAGGACGCCUUCCUUGUCCUGUCGAGCAAAGAAAUCCGAAUCCAAUCGGGCCACGGCCCAUCAUCAUCAUCAUCAUCCUCGGAGGCAGCUGACGUGGAAGAUGAAUGCCCGGAAAGCAACCCGAGAGGCAGUCGGGCCAUAACGCAAGCCGUGCGCAAGAGUCUCGUUCAGAAUGCAAUUCCGAUUUUUAUCGAGCUGAAGCGCUUGUUAGAGAGCAAGAACAGUCCACUCACGGGGUCUCUAAUGGACUGCCUGCGGGCCUUGCUAAAGGAUUAUAAGAAUGAGAUAGACGAGAUGCUGGUGGCCGAUCGGCAGCUGCAGAAGGAGCUUGUGUAUGAUAUGCAAAAGUACGAGUCGAACAGAGGUAAAUGCGCGCAGGGGGAUUGUGGGGUUACGGUGAGGUCUGUGCUGAGGGAGGUGAAUGGGACGCCGCUGGGGGGGAUGAGCGUGCCGAAGCUGAAGACGAGGACUGGCGGUGAUGGGAGUGGAGGGGGGAGGGUGGCGGCGGCGCCGGAGGUUAUGGAGUCUGGCAAAUUAGUUUUUGAGGAGAUCUGUUAGUUUCACAGACUGUUUAUCUAUGGAUUCCUUGAAUUGAUGAUCCUGAAGUCGUGCGAAAACCUCGUAAUUUCUGAAUCCCAAAUUCAAUUUUGGGACAUCUCUUUUAUUUAGAAAAAAAAAGGAAAAAGGUGUAAGAAGUCUCCAUGGAUAGCAACAAAGACGAAGCCGUGAGAUGCAUCAACAUUGUCAAGGAGGCAAUCGCCGCCGGCAACAAGCAAAAGGCACUCAAAUUCCUCGGAAUUGCACGCCGCCUUAAUCAGAAUCUACCUAUUGACGACCUUCUAUCCGCGUGCGAGAAUCUCGACCCGUCGUCUUCCUCCUCUAAUCCUUCCAAUGGCGUGAAGAAAAGUGUUCCUAACGAGAAGGACGAGGAAGCUUCCGUCAAUGGAGAAAGGGUUCUGAAUGGCGAGAGAAGCUACACAGAGGAGCACGUGCACAUGGUCCGGCAAAUCCGGACUAAAAAGGAUUAUUACUCGAUUUUAGGCCUGGAAAAGAAUUGCACGGUCGAUGAAAUCCGAAAGGCUUAUAGAAAGCUUUCUCUGAAAGUCCAUCCAGACAAGAACAAGGCCCCUGGCUCUGAAGAGGCUUUCAAGAAGGUCAGCAAGGCCUUUAAAUGCUUGAGCGAUGAUGAUUCCAGGAGACAGUAUGACCAAACUGGCUUAGUCGACGAGUUUGAGCACAACCAACAGUAUCAAGUGAGGAGGAGGAGAAGAACAGGCAACCACUUUUAUGAUGAUGAAUUCGACCCUGAUGAGAUUUUCAGGGCUUUUUUCGGCCAACGUGAUGCGUUUAGGCACGCGCAUGUUUACAGGACCCGAGCGAAUAACAAUGGUGGUGCCCACCAUAGAGAGGAUUUUGGGGGUGGGGGCCCGAAUUUCAUGCUUUUGCUGCAGUUGUUGCCGUUUUUGAUAAUUAUUCUGCUGGCCUACCUCCCGUUCUCGGAGCCCGAGUACUCGUUGCAGAAGAACUAUUCGUAUCAGUUUAAGAAGGCGACCAGCGAGCAUGGGGUAGAGUUCUUUGUCAGGUCAGCUGAGUUUGACCGGAAUUAUCCAGUUGGGAGCCCAGGCAGGAAUGAGAUCGAGAAUAGUGUGUUGAGGGAUUAUAAGCACAUGUUGGGGAGGUACUGCCAUAUGGAGAUGCAGAGGCGCCAUUGGAACAGACACUUUCCGACUCCUCACUGUGACAAGCUCGAGAGUUUCGCGUCGUGAAGAUUUUACAUGUGGAUAAAACCCUCAGCAGGUGGUAAUUCACAGGAAGUCUAAUCAUAUCCUCGAUUGGAACUCUUUGCUGAGAGGUGAAGAAAACUCGAUCAAGCUUUCAUUGUCUGAAUUCCAAUAGUUGACUUUUUGUAGUCAAUGCUCUUUUUGCAAGUGGAGUCUGGACCAGGGAUUUGCCUUAGGGAGGAUUUUUGGGCCACAUAGACCAUGCGGAAUUUUUCCGUUUAAUUUCUGUAUAUUAUUUUGCAGCUAUCACAACCGCCAUACAAUGAACAGUAGCAUUAUAGAUAGAAAUGGAAUAAUUCACAAAAAAAACAUGAAUUAUUUUCAGCCCUUGAUGAAUAAUGUGUUGAAAAUAUUCGAUUUUUGUAUACCGGUGUUAGCUGUAAAAGCAUGCAUGAUCUGCAGGAGGGUUCUUGAAUGGUCCUGCGGCUAUUUCAGCUGCUGUUCUCCUGACGACAAAAAAAAUGGGACCUUCGAAAGUGAACUUACAGAGCACCCGCUUGCUAUCCCACUCAAAGUUCACCCUCUGAAAUGUCUUAUAACUGGUUUUGUGACAUGACUAUGACCAUGAAAUUGUGUCCAAUUACAAGUUUCUAUAAAAUUAGAAUGUACUGCCAUCUAUUUUGCACCAAAAGAAAAAGAAAAGUAAAAAUUUUAGGGGAAGUUGUUUAAGAAUGAAUCAAAAUCCAAACUCAUUAUUAGUUGAAAUGGGCCGUACAGCAUAUAGUUAAGGCCCAAGUGUAAAAGGAGGCA